GCCGGGCUGCGGCGAGGGCGGGCGGGUGCGAUGCGCCGCGGCCCGCCGGGCCCGUCCCGCCGCGCGAGGUGAGCAGCUCCGGCCGCGGCCAUGGGCACCCUGGGCAAGGCGCGAGAGGCUCCGCGGAAACCUUGCCAUGGCUCCAGAGCUGCCCCUAAAGCAAGACUAGAGGCAAAACCAGCCAGCAGCCCCUUCCCUUCCCAUCCCAGCCUGGCCCAGAUCACCCAGUUCCGAAUGAUGGUGCCCCUGGGACCUUUAGCCAAAGGAGCCAGCCUGGACGACCUCAUCGACAGCUGCAUUCAGUCUUUUGAUGCAGAUGGAAACCUGUGUCGAAGUAACCAACUGCUGCAAGUCAUGCUGACCAUGCACCGCAUCAUCAUCUCCUCUGCAGAACUGCUCCAGAAAGUUAUGACCCUCUAUAAGGGUGCCUUGGCAAAGAAUUCACCAGGGGUUUGUCUGAAGAUCUGCUAUUUUGUCAGGUAUUGGAUAACAGAAUUCUGGAUCAUGUUUAAAAUGGAUGCCAGCUUGACAAACACUAUGGAGGAGUUCCAGGAACUGGUGAAAGCAAACGGGGAGGAGUCGCACUGCUGCCUGAUUGAUACCACUCAAAUCAAUGCUCGUGACUGGUCCAGAAAACUUACUCAAAGGAUAAAAUCAAAUACCAGCAAGAAACGGAAAGUCUCUCUGCUCUUUGACCAUCUGGAACCAGAAGAGCUAUCCGAGCAUCUGACCUACCUGGAGUUCAAGUCCUUUCGCAGGAUAUCUUUCUCUGAUUAUCAAAAUUACCUUGUAAAUCGCUGUGUGAAGGAGAACCCCACCAUGGAGCGGUCCAUUGCCUUGUGCAACGGCAUCUCCCAGUGGGUGCAGCUGAUGGUUCUCAGCCGCCCCACUCCGCAGCUCCGGGCAGAAGUCUUCAUCAAGUUCAUCCACGUGGCUCAGAAGCUCCAUCAGCUGCAGAACUUCAAUACGCUGAUGGCCGUGAUAGGCGGACUGUGUCACAGCUCCAUCUCCAGGCUCAAGGAGACGAGCUCGCACGUCCCGCACGAGAUCAAUAAGGUUCUCAGUGAGAUGACUGAGUUGCUGUCCUCCUGCAGAAACUAUGACAACUACCGGCGAGCCUACGGGGAAUGCACCCACUUCAAGAUCCCCAUCCUGGGGGUGCACCUCAAAGACCUCAUUUCCCUCUACGAAGCCAUGCCCGACCACCUGGAGGACGGAAAGGUGAACGUCCACAAGCUGCUGGCCCUGUACAAUCACAUCAGUGAACUGGUCCAGUUACAGGAGGUGGCCCCGCCGCUGGAGGCCAACAAGGACUUGGUGCACCUGCUGACGUUAUCCCUGGAUCUCUUCUACACUGAAGAUGAAAUCUAUGAGCUCUCCUAUGCCCGGGAACCAAGGAACCACAGAGCCCCACCACUAACACCUUCCAAGCCACCGGUAGUAGUGGACUGGGCCUCUGGAGUCUCACCCAAACCCGACCCAAAGACCAUCAGCAAACACGUGCAGAGGAUGGUGGAUUCCGUCUUUAAGAACUAUGAUCACGACCAGGAUGGAUACAUUUCUCAGGAGGAAUUUGAAAAGAUUGCUGCAAGUUUCCCGUUUUCCUUCUGUGUUAUGGACAAAGACAGGGAAGGCCUCAUCAGCAGGGAUGAGAUCACGGCCUACUUCAUGAGGGCCAGCUCCAUCUACUCCAAGCUGGGGCUGGGAUUUCCUCACAGCUUCCAAGAGACCACCUACCUGAAGCCCACUUUCUGUGACAACUGUGCUGGAUUUCUCUGGGGCGUGAUCAAACAAGGAUAUCGAUGUAAAGACUGUGGGAUGAACUGCCACAAACAAUGCAAAGAUUUGGUGGUGUUUGAGUGCAAGAAGCGAACCAAAAACCCAGCAGCUCCCAUGGAGAACACCACCUCAGUGGCACCAACAUCUAACCUUUGCUCACUGGGAGCCAGAGAUCUGCUCCACGCACCCGAGGAAGGAUCUUUUACAUUCCUAAAUGGAGAGGCUGUGGAACACAGUGAGGAGAGUAAGGAUCGGACCAUCGUGCUGAUGGGAGUAUCCUCACAGAAGAUUUCUGUUCGGCUGAAGAGGACUGUUGCCCACAAGACCACACAGACCGAAUCUCUGCCUUGGCUUGGCAGUGAGGGUCCUUCUGGUCACUUUGUGCUGUCCUCUCCAAGGAAGACAGCCCAGGAUACCCUUUAUGUACUUCCCAGUCCCACAUCUCCAUGUCCCAGUCCUGUCUUGGUCAGAAAGCGGGCGUUUGUCAAGUGGGAGAAUAAAGAGUCUCUCCUAAAAUCAAAAGAAGAGCUCCGUCAUCUCAGACUCCCAUCGUAUCAAGAGCUGGAACAGGAAAUAAAUACCCUGAAAGCAGACAAUGAUGCCCUAAAGAUCCAACUAAAAUAUGCACAGAAGAAAAUAGAAUCCCUUCAGCUUGAAAAAAGCAAUCACGUCCUAGCACAGAUGGAACAGAGUGACUGUUCUUAGCCAGGAACUUAAGGAGCACAAUCGGGAUGAGUACACUGGGGCUCUUCUUUCCUAAGCUGAUGAACAGAGACCGGGGCAACUUUAGGUGGACUGUCUUUUUAAACAGUACUUUAACAGAGAAAUGCCAUUUACUGUUUUGUUUUUUAAACCUAAAGACUCCUAAUUUACAGUAUUGUUUUCUCUUUAUCAGGUGAAGGAUCCAAAACUUCACAUUUGUAAAGUGUGCUAAAACAUAACUAGUUUCCUAACAAGGUAGUGUCUCAUAUGGCCUGCUUGACUGAUUCUUAAAACAAAUUUCUGGAAAACGAAUUGACUUUUUCCCUAGGUUUUCUACAAACUGAGGAAUUUCCUUUGUUCCACAAAGCUUACUGAUAAUGAAAAAUUACCCAUAUUCCAAAAGUAGAUGGCCUUGUAAGUCCCAGCAUUCUUUGUGAAUCUGGCUCCCACUUCACUACCUCAGAUCUAAUCAAUUAGCCUCUUUCUCCUCCUUCAUCACUAUGCCACACGUGUGAGCAUCUAGAGAUGCAGCCUGGCUGCUUAGUGGUCUAUUAAACGUGACAUUAUCCAGAUGCAAAUCAAUUAGUUCUAGUCUUACUCAUCAUAAAAUAAAUUUGGUACCAGGAAACAUAGCUGUUACCAUCUCACAUGACUUGCUAAUUAGCUAAAAAUAGGUGUAGACAUGUUUGUUCAGUCUACAGGGCACAGAAUUAGGAAUUUAUGGGGUUUUUUAAAGCAAGUCUGUGAAGAAUAACUUCAUGUUUCAUCUUUUUUAAACUUUUUAAAAUUGUUUUGAACUGAUUGUCUUAAACUGUCUUCACUAUUAAUACUACUUAGAAAUAAGCUAAUUGGAUCAGCAAUGUAAAUAAUAGCUGACAGCAUGUACAUAUGUAUAUAGUAUGUAUAUACAACAUCAGGCAUGCAUGUGGUUUGGACCUGUCUCUAUAAAAUGUGGAAAUGAGUUACACAACUUUUAGACAUUUAUAUAAAUAUACAGUUGUUUCUUAUAAUAUAGUUCUGUUUGUUACAAAAUGGAAAACUUGCUUAUAAACUGUAUUAUUUAACAAAAUCACAAGUAACAAGUCUUGCGUGUAUUCUAUUAUGGAGGUUAAUAAUGAAUGAGUUCAGUUGGUGGCCUGGGCAAUUCACAAACUCUAUUAUCAGCCUCUAAUAUAUUAUCAGCCACUUUCUUUUAGUGGGGGAGCUUAGCUUUCAUUCUUGGAAAAUCCAGUACCAGUUAAUUUAUAAUUCAUAUACAAAUUGGCCAGCUGCCAGGAAUAUAAUCUUAAUUAAGUUUCAAAUUUAAAGCCAAAGCAGCAAGUUUCCAUAAGAAUACAAAGUAUUGCCUAUUUACAGGAUUCAGAUAAUUUAAGUUUUGAUGAAAGAUUACUUCCCAUUUGCAUACUUUUUGGUAGUAAGUUUUAGUGACACAGAACUUACAAAUGUUUUAAAGAAUCGCUUCACACAUAAAUUUAUUCUUUUUGUAAGUCCAAACUCAGAAAUCCUCAGAGCAGGGCUGCUUAGGUCCAUCGCCUGGAAUAUAUACUCUAUUAGCACUGUAACUAGAUUUAUAUGAAAUAAAUAUGAACUUAUGACAAAUGUUAAAAUCCAGAUUUCACUUUCCUGUGACAGACUAAAGGGUAUAUAGCUUAGUUUUUAAAGAAAAUAUAAUCAUGGAAUAUAAAUUUGCUCAUACUCUCCACCCAAAAUAAAGAUCUCAAACUAGUUUUUAUGUAAAUAAAUCUGUAAUAUAUAGGAUUUCAAAAGGUCACAGUUCCCUUAAUUAAAUUUUCACAGCUAGACAAUCUCAGGCACUGCAGAAUGGAUCACUGAAAUGCGUAAUACAGGCCAAAGUUUCAUCAUGUUUUAAAAUACAGCAAGAGUAAAAAAAUGUUAUCUUAUUACUUAUGUUGUGCUGUGGGAGCUAGUGAAAUCUACAGAAAGAAAUUGCAACAACAUAUUGACUUGAAAUAAUUUGGGGCAGAUAUUUAUCUCCCAAGACAAGGACAAAUCAUGUUUUAUUAACAAUGUCACUUCUCAUUUUUUUUGUUAAUUGACUCACCUUUUCACUGACCAUUUGUGAAUCUGUCUCAAGGUAUAUAAUGUAAAAGGACUGCAAGAAAAAAAUGUACAGAUUGUAAAUUUUUUGAUACUUAAUGUAAGUUUUCAUGUAAUAUUUAUAUGAUAAAGACAUUAGGAUCCCCCAACACACGUCUUGUGUUUCUUCUUCAUCUGCAUGAAUAUGUACAAACCUCACCUGAAAUUUUACUAUUAUUUAUGUAUGGACUACUCUUCUGUUCUAUUAAUUUUCUCCUGAAAGCAAAAGCAAAGCCUAUUCAGCUGAAAUGUUUCGAUUAUCUCUUUUGUAGAACAAAGAAGUAACAGUACAGAAAUACCCAAUCUUUUCCCAUAGUGACCCCCGCCCAGUAAGCCUAUAAAUACAUUAAAGAACAAAAAUUAA